CUAGGAUUCCCUACGUGACGACCCGGAAAUGCUUGUUGGUGCUGUUCCGGAUCACUCUGCUAUGGCUGCACAGGGAGCUAUGGGAGGUUUACGGGACGGGCGGACUGCUUUGGUUUUGCUGUUUACGAGAUGUCCACGCCUGUGCCGAACCGUGUGGGGAUGGAGGGGACUAUGCCAAGGCCCGGAGACCGAGGAGAAGAAAUCCGAUAUUAUAAAGCCUUCUUUUAUGGAUGAGAAAGUUCAGAGCUUGCUCUACAAGAUGACGGGACUGGAUUUGCAGAAGAUUUUUAAGCCAAUAAAACAGGAACUUAAACCUCCAGCUUACAAGCUAAUGACAGAAUUGCAGCUGGAAGAGGCUACAAGAGAAGCUAUUGAGAAGGCUAAAGAGAGGUUAAAAAUGCCUCCUGUACUGAGUGAGCGGGAACCAAUCGAUGAUGUAUUAGCAGAAGAUAAGAUUCUUGAUGGAAUUGAACCAUUCAAAUACGUGUUUACUGACUUAUCAUACAGCACUCCGCACCGUGAACGAUUCAUUGUAGUUCGAGAAAGAAAUGGAAUAUUACGCAAGGCCACUUGGGAAGAACGAGACAGGAUGAUACAGAUCUACUUCCCAAGAGAAGGGCGUAAACUUACUGCUUGGCCUGUGUUCAAGGAUGAAACCCUUAUGACUGUGUUUCUCCAGGACCAUCAUGAAAAGUUGCUUAAUCUCUGCCUUGUACAGUUUGAGCCAGAUUCACCUGACUAUAUCAGAGUUCAUCAUCGGACAUAUGAGGAUAUAGAUAAACAUGGAAAAUAUGAUCUCCUGCGUUCAACAAGACAUUUUGGAGGGAUGGUGUGGUACCUUGUAAAUAGGAAGAGGAUAGAUGGGUUGCUGAUAGACAUGAUCCAAAGAGAUUUGAUUGAUGAUGCUACAAGCUUAGUCACCCUCUAUCACAUGGUGCAUCCUACCUGCCAAUCAGCAAAAGAAGCACAGGAACAAGACAUCCAAGGACUAGACUUAAUUAAGGCUUUUGUGAAGACAGAAGCACAAAGAGCUGGGUACAUUGAACUUGCACUGCAGGCUUAUCAAGCAACUUUGCCUCAGACUGCAGCUUCGUAAAGAGAUGGCUAGUUUAGUCAGCCCUUUUAAUGUAACCUGGAGGGAGGAUGUAAAAUGUACAUAGUUAAAAAUAAAAAUUUCAUUGUA